GCCGUUUUCUAAUUUUAGUUUUGGAUGAAACAAAUUAGGGAAUUUAUUUUAUUGGAAUUUGAAUUCCGACUGUCGUCAUUUGGUGAUCAUCAUGUGUUUUUUCUAUUAUUUUUUCUAGAUAAACAAAACACAAACCUUCAAGAAAAACAAGAAAAUUUUGUAAAAAUGGGUAGAAAUAUUGUCGUAAUGUGUGAUGGAACAUGGAAUAAUCCAAAUUCCCAAACAAACGUUUUUACAUUAUAUAAAGAAUUAAUUGAGAGAGAAUUUGAACAACAUGUUUUGUAUAUAGACGGAGUUGGAGUUGGUGAAUUGAUCUGGAAUUUUACCGUUGAUGGAGCUAUAGCUUUUAGUCUUGACAAUAAAAUCAAAGAAGGUUACAGAUUUAUAGUUGAUCACUAUCAUCCUGAUGAUGAUAUAUGGCUUUUUGGUUUUAGUCGUGGCGCUUAUACUGCGAGAUGUAUUGCUGGAAUGAUAAGAAAUUGUGGAAUAUUAAAUCGAGAAAUCAACCCUGAUCAAAUUGACAAAAGUGUUGAUCUUGCUUAUGGUUUUUAUCGUGAUAGAGAUUUAGCUAAACACCCGAAAGCAAAAGGUUCUGAAGAAUUUAAAAAAUCUUUCAGUUAUCCUGAUUCUAAAAAACCAAUUAUAAAAUUCCUUGGAUUAUGGGAUACUGUUGGCGCUCAUGGUUUACCCGGUUAUGCAAUUGGUGAAGGUUUUCGAUAUUUGGAAUUAUAUGAUCAAAAAGUACCUAGUAUAAUUAAAUUUGCUUGUCAAGCUUUAGCUAUUCAUGAAAACAGUGCUUUCUUUGAACCUUGUCGUAUACUUCCGAACAAAUCUGGUACUAUCGUAAAAGAGACUUGGUUUCCGGGUGUACAUAAUGAAAUAGGUGGUGGAACUUUUUUAUCACUUAAAGGCAAUGAAAGAAUAAUUAAUGCAACUCUUUUGUGGAUGAUAGAAAAUAUCGUAGAAGCUGGAGGUUUAUUAAUGCAUGAUAAUAUCGAGACUUAUCGUGCUCGUUUCUCUCCUGAUACUGGACCUUCUUGGAACAAUAUGAAUUAUAUGUCUGCUCGUAUCAAUUCUAUUCUUCCAACGAUAAUGGUUAAAGAUAGAACUAUUCCAUUAGAAUUAGAUUCUAGUUCAAAAUUUUUAAGAAAAGAUCUUCUUUAUAGGGAUGGUGAUUGGUUGCUUCCAUUUGGUGUUAGGCCAUAUCUGUGUACUCAUUAUACUUCGAAAACAUAUGAAGAAUUUCGUAAAGUUAUGGAAAAGAAUGGAAUCAAACUAUAUAAUAAAGAUAAUAAAAAUAUAAAAUACGAUAUGGAUGUAAAUGAAAAAGCACAAGACCCUACGAAAAAAAUGCGUCCGAAAAAUAUUCUGAAAUUGUCCAGAAUAUAAUUGUGACAAAAUGAGUGUCCUGAAAACAUCCGAAAACGCGCAAGAUUGGAUUAACAUCAUAGAUAGUAUUUUUUCUCGCUCUUUAAGUUUACUUGGUAAACACACAGAGGUUUUAAAUACCAGUUUUUUGCUUUUUACAUUUUUUGAUUUUUAUUGUCUAGAAUUUGCCUGGAAUUUUUUCUUGUCCAACUACCAGAAUUUGUCCGGUUUUUUUUUGUCCAGAGAUUGUCCAAAAUGUAUCCAGGAUUUUUGUUUCCAGAAUUUGUCCAGUUUUGUCUAUCCGAAAUUUGUCCUGAAUUUUACAUGUCUGGACAAAUUCGACAAAUUCUGGACAUUCUUUUUCAUAGGGAGAGGAUACUCGUCCAUAAUCAAGGAGGAUAUAAUUUAUUGAACAAUUUCAUUUAGUUAUAAUUAUUAGAUUG